AUGGGCCGCCGUCUGUCCGUGUGGCUGUGCACCGUCGCGGCGCUGCUCUCGGGGGCGCAGGCCAAGGGCACCCCGCUCCUCGCGCGGCCCGCACAGCCCAGUGCCUCCCGUUACAGCCUCUACACCACCGGAUGGCGUCCGCGGCUGCGCCCGGGGCCACACAAGUCUCUCUGUGCCUAUGUGGUACACAGGAAUGUGACCUGCGUCCUACAAGAAGGAGCAGAGAGCUAUGUAAAGGCUGAGUACCGGAACUGUGGGUGGGGACCCAACUGCCCUUCAACAGUCAGAUACCGCACAGUGUUCAGACCCAGAUACAAGAUUGGCUACAAGACCGUGACAGACCUGGCGUGGCGCUGCUGCCCUGGUCUUACUGGGGAAAGCUGCCCUGAACACCUCACAGACUAUGGAGCCACCCCACCCCACCAGGAGCCAGAGCCUCAGAUUCCCUUGGGGCAGCUGGGCCCAGGUCCCAGGCCUUCUCCUUACAGCAGAGAGGCCCCGCGCCCCCGUGGGAGAAAAGGCCAAGGGCCGUUUGGUGAGCAGCUAGAACGGCGCCUGUCGCAAGCAUAUGGCACUCUGAGUGGAUUGGUAGCCAGCCACGAGAAUCCCAAUAGGAUCACUGGUGACUCCAGGGUCCCUGUCGUACCUAUAGGCUUUGGGGUCAUCCCCGAGGGGCUUGUGGCCCCAGAAGACAGAGGCAGAAGACCACUCAUCCCUCCUCUGAGUGAGAUCCUGAGCAAGGUCACAGAGGUGAACAACACAUUACAGACCAAGGUGCAGCUGUUAGAUGAGGUGCGUGGGCUGGCCCUGGGGCAUGAGGCUCACCUGCAGCGGCUCCGGGAAGCCCCACCAUCCCCGCUGACCUCCUUAGCGCUCCUAGAGGAAUAUGUGGACCAGCGGCUGCAGCGACUCUGGGGGAGCCUGCUGGAUGGCUUUGAGCAGAAGCUGCAAGGUGUCCAGAGCGAGUGUGACCUUCGGGUGCAAGAGGUACGGCAGCAAUGUGAGGAGGGCCAGGCGGCCAGCCAGCGCUUGCAUCAGAGCCUCGAUGGCCGAGAGCUGGCCUUGCGUCGGGAGCUCUCCCAGCUGGGCACUCAGCUGCAGGGCUUGACUCUGACUGGUGGGGGCACCUGCUGCAGCCAACUGGCUUUGAUCAGUGCCCGGGUGGACAGCCUUGAGAGGAACCUGCAGGCUGUCACUGAGACCCAAGGCGGCCCGGGCACCCUGGCCGUGGAUGAGCUUGCGCGCCUCUCUGCAGCUAUGCUUCAGGGAGGUGUGGACGGGCUGCUUGAAGGCCUUGAGACUAUCAAUGGGACAGAGAAUGGAGCAAGGGGCUGCUGUCUGAGAAUGGAGGUGGGGGGCUGGGAUGUCGGUGGCUUCGGGUCCACGCUGGAACAGCGAGUUCAGAGCCUAGAGGAGCGGCUGGCAACUCUGACCGGAGAGCUAAGCCCCGAGAGUGCCGUACCAGACAGAUCAGCGCGGCCGCUUGUUCAUUCAGAACUAGCAGUGCUGGAACAAAGGCUGGUGUCCCUGGAGACCUCAUGCACCCCAAGUACCACCACAGCCAUCCUGGACAACCUCGUGGCAGAGGUGAAGGCCUGGCAGAGCCGGAGUGAGGCUCUCCUACACCAGGUGGCUCGUCACACUGCCCUGCUCCAACAGCUCAAUGGCACAGUAGCUGAAGUCCAGGGGCAGCUGGCAGAAGGGACAGGCAGCUCACUACAAGGGGAGAUCACUCUCUUGAAAGUCAACCUGAACUCAGUGAGCAAGUCACUCACGGGCCUCAGCGACUCUGUCAGCCAGUACUCUGAUGCCUUCUCGGCUGCCAACACAUCCCUGGAUGAACGAGAACGAAGAGUGGAAGCCGAGGUCCACGCCAUCCAGGAACAGAUCAGCAGCCAGGGCUCACGGCUUCACGCUGGCCACAGGCAGGUCCUGAACCUGCGAGGGGAGUUGGAGCAACUCAAGGCUGGCAUGGCCAAUGUGGCUAGAGGGUUGAGCCGCUGCCGGGACACAGCCCAGGAACUCCAGCAUACAGUGGGCCACUUUGACCAGAGGGUGGCCCAAGUGGAAGGAGCAUGUGAAAGGCUGGGCCUGUUGGCAACCCACCUGAACAGUCUGCCUACUGAGCAGCUGAGGUCCAGGGAGGGCCUGUGGGGCCACAUAGACAAGCUGAACCACACGUUGGCCCAGCACACACAGGAUAUCGCCCGGCUCCGGGAUGACCUGUUGGACUGCAGAGCUCAGCUGGCUGAGGUGAGGCCAGGGCGAGCUGAUUAG